GAGAGGUGCCCACUGCUGUCGUGUAUAUCUGCGCUCGUCGUGAGCUACUUGGGUCCGGAAGUGUGACGAGAUAUCCGUAAAUCAGAGCCAUGGCCUACAGCUGGGAUAACCGUGUGAAGUUCGUCGUCAGAUACAUGUAUGACAUUGACAACAAUGGAUACUUGGACAAGAACGACUUCGAAUGCCUGGCCCUGCGUAACACCCUCAUCGAGGGCCGUGGCAACUGGGACGACAAAGCAUAUGCCGGCAACCAGAAGAUCAUGAGCGACCUCUGGAACGAGAUCGCUGAGCUCGCCGACUUCAACAAGGACGGCCAAGUGACAGUGGAUGAAUUCAAACAAGCCAUACAGAAGCACUGCAAUGGCAAGUCUUGGGCCGAACUCCCAAGAGCCUUCAAGACCUUCAUUUCUAGCACUUUUAAGACCAUUGACGUCAAUGGUGACGGGCUCGUUGGCGUGGACGAGUACAGGCUGGACUGCGUUAGUCGCGCCGCCUUCUCAAACAUCAAGGAAAUUGAUGACGCCUUCAACCUCCUCCUCACGGAAGAGGACAAGAAGGCCGGUGGCAUCAGCCUCACCCGCUACCAGGACCUCUACGCUCAGUUCAUCUCCAACCCCGACGAGAAGUGCAACGCCGUCUACCUUUUCGGACCCCUGAACGUCGUCGCCUAGAUUAAUUAGCAUCUUCAGCCUUCAGUAACUCACCCAGACUACAAGCUAUGGGAGAUGAAAAGCUUUAAAGCUCACAGAGGCUUUAUUUUCCAAGUUCAAUUGGUUACGGCAAAUUUUUAAUGGCCACGUUUUGCUGAAAAUACACAUUGAUAAACAAAAAGUGUCCCCAAGUUCUUGUUACCUGCCUUCUUCUAAGAAGCCUCUAUCCCAUAAUGUGCAGUCUGGGUGGCUAUACCAUUCACACUCACUUAAUUCCUUAUCUCGUACUCGAUAAAAGUGUUCAGUCCACGAGGAAAGUCCACCCGCUAGUUAGAAUACAAACUUGAAUAUUUCAAAAGACAGAUAACGGUUGAAGUCAGCACCUUUUUUUAAAAUGAAUUUACUCAUUUUGCUGUAAAAUUCAAAGCUGCAACGUCCAUGCGCCUCAUUUCAGUUUACUAAAAUAACUUUAAGAGUGAACGCUAGUAUUGUCCGAACGGGGCCGACGGAUCAAUAUAAAAUUUACUUGCUGUUCAUUAACGCCGGUCAGAUUCUUCCUCACAAUAAUUUCCAUAACAGUAACUUGAACGUUCGAACAAAUGGACUGUAGAUUGGAUUUUCCCUGCCAUGUUUCGUGCAGCUCGAUAAGCUAGCUUAUCACCUAUUAUCUUUACCACACUCAAUGACAUCGCACAAAAUGUUGUUGUGCUGUUUAGCGAAACAUUACAGUGCUUCAGAUUUGGCAUUACACGUGAUGCAUUCGGUCUAACUUCGGGAUUCAUUCCCAUAACUGAAUAAAUGAAUCGUGACUAUUUCAAAUAAAAAAUAAAAAAUAAACUUAUGCACGAGUCGGUGAAGAAAACUCUAACGAGGCUAGGUUUCUAAUUAGCCUUGAUUAGAUUUUGGCUCUACCCUAUGGAUUCAGAAAUAAGAAUAAGAUCUAAAACAGCGUUCCACUGAACGUACACGCGUUCAGCCCGGGGUUGGUAUUCCAGUCACCUUAUAACAUCAAACGUGAUGGAUAGAAAGGCAAGAUAUUGACCACUAUGUUAGUUUUGAACUCGAGAACAGUUCUUCGACGAAGGUUGUGUGUAGAUUAAAGGUCUCUACGAGACCGAAAGACGAUGAACUUGUUUGUACAGCUACAGUUUCUGCCCCUAUAAAAGCCGUACGAUAAUUCGCUAUUGGAAACAACGUGUAGAAAUUACAUGAAUUUCAGUGAGAAGUCUUCAGCUUUGCUUCUGAAUGGGCACCCACUGAGCCACAUCAGUGCCCGUGCAGAAGUGUCUUGAAGUCUUUCGCUCCUGUUAAGAACUAACUUGUUCGAGACGCAUUUACAACAACUAUUUUUGUGUUCUUUAAUGACAAGCAGCAGAAGGCAGUGUAUACUACCGAUAGCCGAUAAAGGUCUAAUCCAGCUCGACAGCAACAUCCGAAAAUCCUACACAUUCAAGCAGUCAUUCAAGGACUCGUUUUUAACUGUUCAAUAAAAUAUAAAAAUUU